AUGCCUCUCCGACUUGAUGUAAAAAGAAAGCUUCUGGCGCGUUCGGAUCGUGUAAAAUGUGUCGAUUUGCACCCGGUUGAUAUGUGGCUUUUGGCUGCUCUGUACAAUGGAAACGUGCACAUUUGGAAUUAUGAAACACAGACACUUGUCAAAUCUUUUGAAGUGUGUGACGUGCCCGUUCGUGCUGCCAAGUUCGUUCCUCGGAAGAGCUGGGUUGUCACUGGAUCUGAUGACAUGCAUAUUCGUAUUUUCAACUACAAUACUCUCGAAAGAGUACACCAGUUCGAAGCACAUUCAGAUUACCUCCGGUCGCUUGUUGUUCAUCCAACUCUUCCAUACGUUAUCUCGUCAUCCGAUGACAUGCUCGUCAAAAUGUGGGAUUGGGAUAAUAAAUGGGCGAUGAAGCAAUCAUUUGAAGGACAUACACAUUAUGUGAUGCAGAUUGCAAUCAAUCCAAAAGAUAACAACACAUUCGCUACUGCUUCACUUGAUAAAACUGUCAAAGUGUGGCAAUUUGGAUCAAAUGUUCCAAAUUUCACUUUAGAAGGACACGAGAAAGGAGUAAACUGUGUUGAUUACUAUCACGGUGGAGAUAAACCGUACAUCAUCUCUGGAGCUGAUGACCAUUUGGUGAAAAUUUGGGAUUAUCAGAACAAAACCUGCGUUCAAACCCUCGAUGGACACGCUCAAAAUGUUUCAUCAGUGUGCUUCCAUCCAGAGCUUCCUCUCAUCAUAACCGGAUCCGAAGAUUCUACUGUUAAAUUAUGGCACGCCAAUACUUACAGACUUGAAACCACGUUGAACUAUGGUUUGGAACGUGUUUGGUGUAUUCAAGCACAAAAGGGAGCCAACACUGUCGCCAUCGGAUAUGAUGAAGGAUCUGUAACCCUCAAACUUGGACGUGAAGAGCCAGCUGUCAGUAUGGAUUCUUCAGGAAAGAUUCUUUGGGCAAAACACUCCGAAGUUCAACAAGCUAACUUGAAAACCAUCUCCGCUGAAGAAUCAGAGGCUAUUCAAGAUGGAGAACGUCUUCCUCUUUCCGUGAAAGAUCUCGGAUCCUCUGAAAUCUAUCCCCAAACUCUCGCUCAUUCUUCAAAUGGACGUUUCGUAGUUGCCUGUGGAGACGGAGAAUACAUUGUUUACACUGCAAUGGCUCUCAGAAACAAGGAUUUCGGACAAGGACUGGAAUUCGUUUGGGCCGUUGACCCAAAUAUGUUUGCUGUUCGCGAAUCGGCCACGAAUGUGAAGAUCAAGAAGAAUUUCAAAGAUCACAAGUCUAUUCGCUCUGAUAUGGUUCUUGAAGGUAUUUCUGGAGGACCACUUCUUGCUUUGAGAUCGACGAAUUCGUUGUGCUUCUUCGACUGGGAAACUGCAGUUCUCGUUCGUCGUAUCGAAAUAACUUCGAAAAACAUCUAUUGGAGUGAUAACGGAGAAAUGGUUGCUAUUUGCGGCGAUGAAUCUUUCUACGUUCUCAAGUACAGCGCCGAAGCUGUGUCCAAUGCAUCUGAAGUGACUGAAGACGGAAUCGAGGAUGCAUUCGAAGUUGUUGGAGAACAAACAGAAGUCGUGAAGACUGGAUUCUGGAUUGGUGAUUGCUUCAUUUUUACUACUGCUCUCAACCGAAUCAAUUACUACGUUGGAGGAGAAAUCGUCACUAUUGCUCAUGUCGAUAGACCACUCUACUUGUUGGGAUACAUGGCAAAGGAAUCUCGUGUCUACGCCGUCGACAAAGAUCUCAAUGUUAUCUCCUACAAACUUCUUCUCUCCGUUCUUGAAUACCAAACCGCCGUCAUGCGUCGUGAUUUCGAUACUGCUGACAAGGUGUUGACGACGAUUCCAAAAGAACAGAGAACUCGUGUUGCUCACUUCCUCGAGAAACAAGGAUUCAAGAAGCAGGCUCUCGCCGUUUCUCAAGAUCCAGAUCACAGAUUCGAUCUUGCUAUUGCUCUUGGUGAUUUGAAGACAGCUUAUGAAUUGGCUCUCACGAUGGAUUCCGAAGAGAAAUGGAAGUCUCUCAGUAAUGCCGCCACACUCAAGUCUGAACUUCUUCUCGCUGGGGAAUGUCUCGGAAGAGCUCGUGAUUUCGGAGGACUUAUGUUGCUCGCUUCCUGUGCUGGAUCUGCUCCACUUAUGCAAAAACUCGCUGUUGAUGCUGCUGCCGCCGAAAACCACAACAUCAGUUUCCUCAGCAGUCUUCUUCUCGGAGACAUUGAUGCCUGUUUGGAUAAGCUUAUUGCUACUGGCCGCCUUCCAGAAGCUGCAUUCCUUGCACGUACUCAUGCUCCAUCUCGAGUACAAACUAUUCUUGAUUUGUGGAAGACCAAAGCAUCAAGCCACAGUGAGAAGAGCAGCAGAAAGAUUGGAGAAUCUCUUGCUGAUCCGAUAAAGUAUGAGAACUUGUUCCCUGGAUUUGCCGAGUCUUUGAAACGAGAAUCGUUCGUCCGUGAAAUCUCCAAGAUCCCAGUUCCAGCGAAUGUUCGUGCUCCAUCUGUCGCCUCACGAAACAUUGAACAAGAGUUAGAGGAGGCAGUUGCUUCUGGAGCUGUCUCUUUCACUGAUGAAGGACAAGCCGUGCUGAAGAAUGCUCCAAGGUCAUCGGAACAACAGUUGAAGGCACCAGUAUCGCCAGCGGUCGCUCGUCAACCAUCACCUGUUCGUCAGCCAUCUCCAGUUCGCCAGCCAUCGCCAAUUCGGGAACCUUCACCCGCACCUGCUCAAGAAUCUGAAGAGGAGGAAGAAGAGUUUGAAGAUAACCAACAAGAAGUGCAUGUACCCCAUAAUGAUGAAGAAGAUGCUUUCGGUACAUCCAAGACACCUGAUGUAGUUCUGGAAACCAGCCGGCCUGACAUUGUACCUGCACGGGGGUCUGCCGCUCCAGAUUUAGUUUCUGCUCCAACAACAACUCAAGAUUUCGGUGAUGAUACUCAAUGGUCUGACGAAGACUUCGGAGAUGCUGAAAAUGGUGAUUUGAAUAUGGAUGAUUUGAAUUUAGACGAGGAAGAUUGA